UUACUUAAACUUGAACCAAGCGGAGAGGAGCAGCGUUUUCAGAGACGGGACCGCGUUGCCCAGCAGCAACCCCGGGAGGAGGAUCCAGACUAGUAAACGUCCACCCCCUCUAACCCUCUGGAACAGCGGACCUUUUUCCUGUUUGCGUCUCAUUUGCGUGUUUUCUGUCCACUUACCGAUCAUGCCGCAGACCGUGACUCUGAGAGGACCCUCCCCGUGGGGCUUCCGACUGGUGGGAGGAAGGGACUUCAGCACACCGUUAACCAUCUCCAGGGUGACACCUGGAAGCAAGGCAGCCCUAAGCGACCUAUGUCCAGGAGACACCAUCUUGGCCAUCAAUGGUGACAGCACAGAGCACAUGACGCACAUGGAUGCUCAGAACAGGAUAAAAAUGUGCUUCCAGCAACUCACGCUCAGCAUCAGCAGACCAGCACCCGGGGAGCGAGUGUGGUCGCCAACACUUAGUGAGGAUGGCAAGACAAGUCCUUACAUGGAGCCUGACUCACAGAAUUUCCGCCCCAUCACCAGCGGUUAUGGCAGUUACGGUCGGAAACCUUCAUAUACCUCUGAACCCCAGUCCCCUCAACCUCUCCAGGUCACCCACCUUAAUAAUGGACACUCCAGACCCAACAACGGCCACAGCUACGGUUACAGGAACGAAACCGGGCACGCUCAGUACAAUAACCCAGCAGGGCUUUACUCUCACAACAAUGGCAGCAAUGGAGACAGAUCCCUGCCAAGCAAGAUGGGGGGUCUCAGCCUGAGUGCCACACACAGCCCAGAGCCUCCCACACAGUCUCCUGGGGGCCGUAAUGGUUUUGACCUCCAGUCAGACGUCUACAAGAUGCUGCAGGACUACGAAGAGCCAGUCUCAGAGCCCAAACAGUCUGGCUCCUUCAAGUAUCUCCAGGAGAUCUUGGAGGCUGAGGAUGGAGGUAUGUCUCCAACUGAGAGAAUGAGAAGUUUGAGGUCUCCGGUCAGGUCUCCGAUUCAGAAACUGGGAAGCCCCAUUACCAACCCCAUCCCCAGCCCGUUGUCUGGCCUUCAGAAGCUACCCCAGUGCACACGCUGCUGUAAUGGCAUUGUUGGCACCAUUGUGAAGGCCAGAGACAAACUCUACCAUCCCGACUGCUUUGUUUGCGACGACUGCAGCAUCAACCUAAAGCAAAGGGGCUACUUCUUUAUCGAGGACAAUCUGUAUUGCGAGACUCACGCCAAGGCUCGCGUCCAGCCUCCAGAGGGCUACGAUGUUGUGGCCGUUUACCCCAACUCCAAGGUGGAGAUAGUCUAGAAUUAACAGACUGAUAUUGUCAUAUCACAGCAGAUGGUAAGAUAGGACCACUGAGUACUAGCCUACACUGAUUAGUGACCUGUCAAGCAGAGCCUGUGGUGUUGGAUCACUUUGUGUUUUAUUUUUAUUUUAUUUUAUUUUUUAGUUUUGUUUUGUUUGGGUGCGGGGGGUUGUUAUUCCAUCAGUACUUGCUCUCUGGUGGAUCUGUUAAAUACUAUGUAUAUAUAACCUAUUAAAGUAUGACAGACUGAGGCUUGCUUCUGAUGACCUUCAAAGCAUUUUACUAAUCUGUUAGCAUUUACAAUAAACUGUCCGGGGAGACAGCUCGGUAUGAGAAGAGAAACAGAGCUCACAUGCAGAUUGCAAACAUUUAAAACUCAAAAUAUUCAAAUUUAAAAUUAUUUAUAGUCCUAGGAUGCAAAAAUUAAUCUAAAACACCUGAUUUUAAGAUCUACUCCAGCUGUCGCCAAGCCUUAAAAUUGAUAACUGAUGUGUUUGUAGUGAUUUCAAAGGAUUAAUUGUUAAAACUUGCUUUAUUUUGGAUACAACUUUAAUUUCAAUUAAAAAAUAAAUAAAUAAAUAAACAGAUACCAGUUAAAUAUAGUCAUUGUGUUUUGGUUAUGGGUUAUCAUCUUUUUACACUGCUACAGUUAAACAUUAUACUGAUAAAAUGGGCUUUUUAAAUUCACUUUUCAGAUUCUUUCCAUAACAAAACAUCUUUCUUUUCAAAUCCACUUCACAGCAGUUAUUUAAUGACUUUUUAGUUUUGUUUAGAAUGAAAUGACUUUCAGCAAGCUUGGGAAAUGGAUUUAAAAACCAUUUUACUUUCAGAAUAGCUAAUAAUUUUUUAAAAAGCUUCUAAAUGAGCACAUUAAUACAUGAAUAGAAAAAUUACAGCAAAUCUGAGUUUAUUGUUAAAAGUGUGGUUCACUCAUUUAAUCUAGACAUUUGCAGUCCUCUCUAGUAGGAUUGGAAUCAGAAAAAUUAUGAACAAUUGGCUUUUCAAUGUCCCACGCCUUUAAAGCCUGAAUCUCACUGGGAGGAAAUUUGUAGUAUUUGAAUAGAAGCAUUUGCAGGGCUUCUUGAUUUCCAAACUUCAGUCAUUUAUGAAAAUUUCAAUAAAUUAAACAUUUGCCGGGCAAAUGUUCUCAAAAUUGUUGCAGAAUUGUCAAGGAUGUCGAAAACAAACCCCUUUUUCAAAAAGGUGAGAAAAGAGACAACUUUAGGAGAGGUUGGUGACCAAGCUGGGACCAGUUAGAGACAAAACAAGAGGAUCAGAAAUUCAAGCAUGACUAAAGCUGGACUAAAAUGAGGAUCAACUGCAAAGAAAUUAGAAUUUUUAACACUUUGUCGUGUUUUAAGACAUUCCUUAGUUGUAAUUUUUCCACAUUUUUACACAAGGUUUUGCAUCAACACACUUUGUGUCUCAUAGUCAUAAAUUGUCUCAGCAUAGUGAGAUAUUAGUCAAUUCAUUUAGCUUAAUCCAUUUGGAUCUGAUGCAACACAGGUUUUAAAAACAAAACAUCAUAACACUCUUUACUUCUAUUUACAAAGUAAUAUAUUGCAUUAAGAGACCAGAGACAAAGUCAUAAAAUGUAAACUGGGACUCCACAUGUGGGAGUAAUACUCACCAUUUUAUGUUUUUUGGACCUGUUACAUAGAUUCAUUACAGUUUCUCCUUGAAAGAGAGAAAAAGACGAGUUGGACGUGUGCAGUUUUAUUCCCUUCCUGUGAUGAAUUCAUGUGUCUGAUUAAAGCCAAGGUCAUAAAGCAAAAUGAAUCUAUGUCAUUUCCUCUGAGAGGAGGAAAGAAAAAUUAGUGUGUCAUUUCAUUUCCUGACAGAAAAUGAAACUUUUUAGGAAGUUAAAAUGUGUUUUUUUUUUGUGCAGCCAUCUGUCAUAUUGUGAAUAUUCUAGUGAAUGAGGUGGAGAAGAGUGAUUACAUUUUUUAUUUUGCUAAUAUUUCUAAUAAAAAAAUAUUUCUAAUAAAAAAAAAGUUUGAUCUGAAGUAAGAUUUUUUUUCCAUGUUUAGCUGCUCUGUUAGUAAUUUCAUUAACUUAUGUGAACUUUUCCACCUGUUGUCUUUGGUCUUGUACAUAUUUGUUGUCUGUACUUACACACGUUUGGAUUUCAAAUGUCUAAACAUUUGACUUUUUUGUAUUUAACUUAUUGUUCCGCUAACAUUGUUUUCUUCCUUUUCUGAAAUGAUUUACCCAUCUUGCAUCUUGUUUUUGAAUAAAAUUAAAAGUGCAUUUCCA